AUGUUCCUUUACGAGUCAACUCCAGAAUGGUUGGUUAAGGAGUUCCGGAAGGAAGCGGUGGAGAAAACUAAGAAAUAUGCUGAGGAAGAUGAAAUUCUGUGUUUGUGUGAACGUGAAAGGUCAAUUGAACAGGCUAUGGAUAAACGCCUUCGUGCUCUCGAAAACUUACGUUGCAACAUGGCCGAUGAAGCAUGGCGGUGGUACCAAGAGAAUCGCGAUAGAUUCUCACAUCCCGUAUAUGUGCCUAUCCUUCAUAUGACAGUGCCCAAUUCUGAAUCGGCAAUGUUACUUGAAAAUUUGUUAGCGGUGAGGGAUCUGCCUAUGUUCAUAUUUGGUAGUAAAUCAGACGAAGCUAUCCUAACUGACCCAAGACACAAAUGGAAGCUCAACUCAACUGUUAUUCCUCCUGCACAGGUUGACACUUCUUCGCUGAAGACGGCUUUAACAGGAAAUAUGAAGAGAUUUGGUUUCACUCGCUUUGCUGUGGACUUAUUCACCGCUCCUGAUGUUGUGAAACAAUAUCUUUGUAAUGUCGCUCGACUUCAUCAAGUGCCUAUUGGUUCAGCACAGACGAAUGAUGCAUAUGAAGCCAUAAAGACAGCAUUCAUAAGUACACCGUUUCGGCUAUACCUCACUGACAGAUACAGGGUACAAUUUACGGUUUCUAAGUACGGUUCACACGAAAUCCUCGGCCAACAAAGUGAGCUUAGGAAACCCGCAAGAUUAUUUCUUGCCCAUUCAUCUAGCUUUGAUGAGAGCAAAAACCUUGAAGAGGAGAGACAGAGACUGAGAAACAAGGUAAAUGUUUUGAGGCUCGACUCUCUUAGUGCUAGUCGACCGGAUAUCGAACAAGCACUGGCUGCUUUUGUUGAGGCAAAAGUACUUGCUAGCAAAGAAACUCAUAUGAUGGUCUCCAAGAUGCUCGCUAAGAUGGAGCAACUGCGAGCUUACAGCAUUGAGGAAGCUUUAUUGAGAUGGGCUCUUUAUGGAUUGCACGAAGGUUUGGAAAGAACUGAAGCAAGACUGCAUGAAGCUCAGCAGAAAUUGCAAGAGGAUUUGGUAAAAGAAGACAAUGUAUGCUAA